AUGCCAAUGCGUUUUUUUGUUUGGUUUCCAGAUUUUGGUUCAAGGGCUUGGUUGCAGGUUGCCAGUCAGGUAGCACCGAUGAAGGUUCUAUCUGCACGACUGGUGCGGGCUCUUGCUGUUGGAGCAGCAGGACGUCCUCAAGCCCAACUGCGCGUGCGCGAGGUGCUGCCAUUGUCGAGUCCUUUGCGUUUGUUCAGGCCACAACUCCAGUCCAGGCGUUUGUACGCCAACCAAACGGAUGCCGAGAGUGAGGUUCCAAAAGACCAAACUGGCAAGGAUGGAAAGGAUGGAAAGGAUGACGCAAGUGUGUCUGCAGACCAAGCAGAUGAAGGUGCUCCCAGGAAAGCUGAAGAGACUGAGGAGGCAGCUGAAACUGCUGCAGAGGAGGCUCCAGAGAAGCUGCUGCAAAAAGAACUGACUGAUCUCCAGGAGCUGGUCAAACAGAAUAAACAUGAGUUACUUCUGUCUUUGGCAGAUUUCGAGAACAACAAGAAGCGCUUCUUGAAGGAAAGAGAGGAUCGUAGAAGAAGUUCGAUGUCCAACUUUGCCACCAAAAUGAUCCAGGUCUACGGAAAGCUAAAUGAUUUUGCCGUGGAGAAGCACAACUCAGGCACUGCGCAGGCAUUGCAUGAGGGUGUUGCACUUACCAGGGACUUGUACAAGGCAUCCUUGGAAAAGUUUGGUGUUCGGCCAAUUCAGGUAGAAAUUGGCGAGCCGUUUGUUGCAGCUCGCCACGAGAAAACCGAUACGAUCCAGAGUACACAAUUGCCAACAAAUUCUGUAGCUGCGAUUGUGCGACCAGGUUGGAUUCUAGAUCCCGACACUCCCAAGCCAAUUGUUCUCCAAAAAGCGGAAGUGCAUGUCUCAUCAGACGGACCCAAGGUUCCUCCAUCCUGAAUGCUCAGGCCCCUGGUGCCUUCAUAUUGCGUGACCCAGGGCGGCAAAAGCCGUACAGGUCAAACAGUUGGCUUUCAUGAAGGACAUGAAGGGCACCUCCUGCAGAGGAUCUGGAGGACCUGAGAGGACCUGAGACUUGUCGAGAGCUUUUCACCUUUGCCGAAAGUGGGCAGAAGUGUCAGAGACGGCCAUCGCGCAGCAGUGCAAAGAA